UAUGCAAGCUCGCCAGACCACCAAGGCCAUUGAACCGUUUUAUAUACAUGUAAACAUCGCUACUCAGUGUUAUCUGGCUCGUGACAAAUCAUAAAUACACACACUUUAUCAGUACAAAUAAACCGGAGAGAGCUUGGCACAUGCACAGACGGAUAUUAAAGGAAAGCAACGGAGUGCUUUAACAUUCAAAAUGACGUCGAUGUUAAGCAAGGACGUACCUGAUAUUGAGAAUAUUCUUGCUUUGAAUCCACGUGUUACCAAGCACGCAAAACUCGUGCCAAGUGCUCGUACAAAAGAAAACAAGAAACAUUGGAAACGUAAUGCGUCAAGAGGAUGUACGUCGUGUCCCCCGCUGCAGAACAACUUUGAAGAUAUAAAACACACAACCUUAAGUGAAAGGGCUGCUCUCCGUGAGGCUGCAAGAUGUCUGAAAUGUGCAGAUGCGCCGUGUCAAAAAAGCUGCCCGACUCAACUUGAUAUUAAAUCGUUCAUCACCAGUAUCUCAAACAAGAAUUAUUAUGGAGCAGCGAAAGCUAUAUUUUCGGACAACCCGCUGGGCCUGACAUGCGGUAUGGUGUGUCCGACCAGUGACCUCUGUGUGGGUGGAUGUAACCUUUACGCGUCCGAGGAAGGACCUAUCAACAUAGGAGGGCUGCAGCAAUACGCUACUGAAGUUUUCAAAGAGAUGAGAAUUCCACAAAUCAGAGACCCGAGCCUUCCACCGGAAUCUGACAUGCCAGACAGCUAUAAGGCCAAGGUUGCACUAAUAGGUUGUGGUCCUGCUAGUAUAAGCUGUGCCACGUUCCUGGCUCGGCUCGGGUACAGCAACUUGACCAUUUUUGAGAAGGAAAAAUACAUUGGCGGUUUGAGUUCUUCCGAGAUACCCCAGUACCGAUUGCCGUACAGUGUGGUAGACUUUGAGGUCCAGCUUAUGAAGGAUCUAGGGGUCAAGAUUGAGACAGGACGUGCAUUGGCAACUAAUGAUUUGACUCUAAACAAACUAAAACAAGAUGGCUUUUCUGCUGUAUUCGUGGGAAUUGGUUUACCGGACCCUAAAAAGAUUUCAAUAUUUGAGAACCUUACGGAAGACAUGGGGUUUUACACAUCUAAAGAUUUCCUACCCAAGGUGACCAAGGCCAGCAAGCCCGGCAUGUGUGCCUGUAAAUCACAGCUUCCUCACCUCUCGGGCAAGGUAAUAGUGCUUGGUGCAGGAGACACGGCCUUUGACUGUGCCACCUCAGCAUUAAGGUGCGGAGCCAAGAGGGUGUUUGUUGUGUUCAGGAAAGGAUUUACCAACAUCAGGGCUGUGCCGGAAGAGAUGGAUCUUGCCAAAGACGAGAAAUGCGAGUUCCUUCCCUUCCUUUCACCCCGAAAAGUGGUUAUAAAGAACGGACGUGUUUCCGGUAUGGAGUUUGUACGAACUGAACAGACGGACGAAGGCGGAUGGAUAGAGGAUGAGGAUGAGGCAAUUAAAUUAAAGGUCGACUAUAUCAUAUCAGCGUUUGGCUCUGGAUUAUCGGAUACGGACAUGAUCGAUGCCAUGCAGCCAAUCAAAUUCAAUCAAUGGAAUCUACCGGAAGUAGAUACGGAUACAAUGCAGUCGAGUGAGCCUUGGGUGUUUUGUGGUGGAGAUAUAGCUGGUGUGGCCCAGACAACUGUGGAGUCUGUCAAUGAUGGCAAACAGGCCUCAUGGCACCUCCACAAAUAUCUGCAGUCGUUACAAAACCAACAAGUACCGGAAGUUCCCUCGUUACCCAAAUUUUUCACACCUAUAGAUCAGGUAGACGUGAGCGUUGAGAUAUGUGGUAUUAAGUUUCCGAACCCUUUUGGUCUUGCCAGUGCCCCACCUACAACAAGUAGUGCCAUGAUCCGGCGUGCAUUUGAGCAAGGUUGGGGAUUUGCAUUAACAAAAACCUUUGCUCUUGACAAGGACCUUGUUACAAAUGUAUCACCUCGUAUUGUACGUGGAACAACAUCUGGACAUAUGUUUGGACCUGGCCAAGGCUCAUUCCUGAACAUUGAACUCAUUAGUGAGAAAACAGCCGAAUACUGGUGCAAAAGUGUGACAGAAUUGAAAAAAGAUUUCCCAGAUAAGAUAAUCAUUGCGAGUAUAAUGUGCAGUUUUAGCAGAGAGGACUGGACCGAACUUGCCAUCAUGGCCGAGAAAUCGGGUGCUGAUGCUCUGGAACUAAACUUGUCAUGCCCCCAUGGUAUGGGUGAACGUGGUAUGGGUCUUGCAUGUGGCCAGGACCCAGAGCUGGUUAGAAAUAUAUGUCGAUGGGUUCGAGCAGCAGUGAAAAUACCAUUCUUUGCUAAACUGACACCGAAUGUGACCAGCAUAGUGACCAUUGCAAGAGCUGCUUAUGAAGGAAAAGCUGACGGCGUCACCGCUACCAAUACGGUAUCAGGUCUUAUGGGACUAAAAGGCCAAGGUCAGGCAUGGCCAAAUAUUGGCAAGAGCAGGAAAACAACAUAUGGAGGUGUCUCCGGAAACGCUAUCCGGCCUAUAGCUCUACGCGCUGUCUCCGCCAUUGCCAAAGAACUUCCUGGUUUUCCGAUUCUAGCUACUGGUGGAAUAGAUUCCGCUGAGGCUGGGCUCCAGUUUCUUCACUCGGGGGCUUCUGUUCUGCAGAUAUGCAGUUCAGUUCAGAACCAGGACUUUACUCUUAUAGACGAUUACGUGACAGGAUUAAAAGCUUUACUCUACCUUAAAAGUCUGGAGGACCUCAAUGAUUGGGAUGGUCAAAGUCCACCGACCAUAAAACAUCAGCUCGGAAAACCCGUGCCGAAACUCAACGAACUCAUAGGAAAGGGACUACCUUCAUUUGGUCCAUACAAAGACAAGAGGACAGAGCUCAUUGCUGAUCAUUACAAAAAUACAGAAAUUUUGGACGAGAAGAAUAAUCCCCCUUCCAUUCGUCCACCUCUACAACCAAAGAAACCUGUCCCAUCAGUAAAGGAGGUGAUUGGAAGAGCAUUAGAUAUGAUUGGAAGCUAUGGAGAUCUGAACAAUAAAGAACAAGUAGUGGCCCUUAUUGAUGAGGACAUGUGUAUCAACUGUGGAAAGUGUUACAUGACAUGUAACGAUUCUGGAUACCAGGCGAUCAAGUUCGAUCCUGACACUCACCUACCAAUGGUCACUGAGGAUUGUACCGGCUGUACUUUGUGUUUGUCCGUCUGUCCGAUCAUUGACUGCAUCAAAAUGGUUACAAGGACAGCUCCGUAUGUUCCGAAACGUGGGAUACCAGUCAGACAAGCUUCUGAUGCCAACCUUAUUCUUACCACAAACUAAACCGCCAGACCAAAUUGAUUGCUUUUUUUAGAGAAUUCAUUUGUAAAAAAAUAGCCUUUUCUUUAAUAACUAAUGUUAUCCUAGUUGAGUAUAAUAUUAUAGAAACGUGUGUGAUUUCAUAGAUACUUUAUGUGUUUAUUUUCUCCUUUAUUGUUUUUAUUUCUGGAUUUGUUGCUUUUGCUUUUUACUAGUUCUCGUUAUGCGUUGACUUUUCUAAAAAGUGCUGAUAGAGCUUUAUUUCUGAUGGACUAAUAUAAAAUAAUGCUAACGUAAUUAAUGUAUUCAACACAGCUUCUAGACCAUCUCCUGUUUAACACGUGAGGUUCUUUGAUUAGUUAGAAACCUGUUUCGUAAUUACUGACCGAGCAUUGGAAAUUCGCUUUGUAUGUUUCAAUAUACUUUUUUGUUUUCUUAUGUGUGUCUUUUCUUUCUUAGUGUUUGUGUUAUUCAUAAAAUAUAAACAGUAUCUUUUAAGAAAGGUAUGUAUGGAAUACUUUGCUUAUCUAAGUAGGUACUUUUUUCUUUCAUCAGUGUUUAAGGAUUACGUUCCCUAAUGAGAAUGAAUGCGUGUCGUCAUAUUUGUGUUCAAAUGAUGACAUUGGAUAAUACCCUCUAAUAUAACAGAAAUUGUCGAAAGAAGGUGAGAGUGCGCUUUGGGUUUUAUGAUGGAACUCGGAAUUAGCCAAUAUUCACCGAUUCAGUAGGGUUCGAAAUCCUUAUAUAAUUGUAAUCUCAUUUUCUUCCUUAUUUUUAAUGUUUAUAACACUUAUAUUUUGCAAGCGUCUAUUAUAAAUAAACAAGCGUGUGUUUAAAUAAAGAUAGAAUUAACCAUU